AUGUCGCGGCCAGAGGACACACUGUCCGCCGACGUCCACUACAAUGAUUCCGAAGCACGCAAAUACACAACGUCUUCCCGAAUACAGAACAUUCAGGCAUCUAUGACACAUCGAGCUCUUGAGCUCCUCGAUCUACCCUCGCCCUCUUUUAUCCUCGAUGUCGGCUGCGGAAGCGGUCUAUCGGGCGAGAUCCUCUCCUCAAUACCCCCCGAAGAAGGCGGCCCACACGUGUGGGUAGGCAUGGAUGUGUCUGCCUCUAUGUUAGAUGUCGCGUUACAGCGGGAUGUGGAAGGUGAUCUACUACUAGCCGAUAUAGGGCAAGGGGUUCCCUUCCGAGCCGGCACGUUCGACGCAGCUAUCAGUAUCAGUGCGAUACAAUGGCUAUGUAAUGCCGAAAGCAGCGAUGUAUCGCCUGCAGGGCGCUUGUCGAGGUUCUUCAAUGGUCUAUACGCAAGCUUGAAGAGAGGUGGGCGAGCUGUGUGUCAAUUCUACCCAAAGAACGACGAGCAGAAAAAGAUGAUCACGAGCGCGGCGGUAAGGGCCGGGUUUGGUGCUGGCUUAUUAGAAGAUGACCCAGAGACCAAGAACGUCAAGGUAUACCUGGUACUCACAGUAGGUGGUGGCAACCUCGACGGGAAUGGAGGCGACAUUACUGGGGUAAUCAAGGGCAUGGAGGGCGUUGAUGUGUUAGAUUCAAGACAUGGUAGCCGCAAUGGUAAGGGUGAGAUCAAAAAGGGGAGCAAGGCAUGGAUCAUCAAAAAAAAGGAACAGAUGGAACGAAAAGGAAAAGUUGUCAAGGCUACAUCCAAGUACACGGGACGCAAGAGAAGGAUCGCUUUUUAG